CGGCCGGAGGCCGCGCUCGAGGGGCUCGUGAAGGAGCUGGGCGCUGGGAUGGAGGAGCUGCGCGGGCGGCGCGACGAGCUGGCGCGGCUCAUCCAGGGCGAGGAGGAGGAGCGCGGGCGGCUGCAGGGCCAGAUCUGGGCGCUCACCGAGCGGCUGGCGCGCGCCAACGAGAGCCUGGCCCGCAAGGUGGCCGCGCGCAACGACUUCGACCGCACCAUCGCCGAGACCGAGGCGGCCUACGGCAAGAUUCUGGAGAGUUCUCAGACAUUGCUAAGUGUCCUGAAGGGAGAAACGGGGAAUAGCAGUAAAGCCACUGAGCCGAAAAGCACUUCAAAAGAGAAACAAGCAGAUGGUCAAAAGCAUUCCUAAACUUUCUCUUCAACCUGGAAAGACCUGUUGGCCUGGGCAGCUGCUGUUCUAGUGCAAAGGUGCCACACUUAAUAAAAGGUUUUGUCUUGCAGAAACA